AUGCGACCAAAAGGAAUUCGUAGUGGCCCCAAGUGCAAUUCGAUACCAAGGAGCGACGAAGAAGCCACAACAUUUUAUGCCAAGGAGCUCUAUCGCCAGAAGCACAAGAAAUGGCUACUCUACGGCGUAGCCCUCAUCUUUUUUCAAACCGGAAUCAUACUCCUCUUCUCCAUGACUGUCAUGAAGGUUCGAAAUCCAAAGUUCCUGUUCCGAGUCAGAUCCGCCACCUUCGACACGUAUGAUAUCCCAACCACCAACACUUCCUUCACUCUUAAAACCAACAUCGCACUUGAGAUAAAAAACACCAAUUUUGGCCCCUACAAGUACGACAGUAGCACAAUCUAUUUCUACUACGGCGAAGUUGAGCUUGGGAGUGCAGUUAUCCUCAAAUCGAAAGCCCAAUUCUGAAGGACCAAAAAGUUUACCAUUGAAGUGGACCUUGCUUGGAAAGAUCCAGUUGGAAAGACGCAACUGGCACAUGAUCUAAGCUCAGGGCUUGUGCCUUUGAGCAGCCGAUCGAAAUUGACCGGGAAAGUGGAGUUGAUGUUGAUUUUCAAGAAGAAGAAGGCUGUCGACAUGAAUUGUACAAUGGAAGUAAAUACCGCAACAAAGUCCCUCCAGAAUAUCAGUUGCAAGUAGAUACAACACAAUCAUCACCAGGUUUGAUUUCAGUUGGGCAAACUUGGAAAAAUUAGAGUGUUCGUUUGAUUGUUCCUCAUAGGGGUUGAGUUUGACAUUUGCUACUAACGUUAUGCCCCUGUUUGGGGAUUUCUUCACGCUUUGCUUUACGUACUUCGGAUUUGUCUAGUAGUAGAUAUUUACCCUCUCUUUUUUCUUUUUCUUUUUUUUGUAGAAUGCAAUAAAAUUUCGAUUCUUUCAA